ACUUGUGUCACCGACUGUACGCGGGGUAUUUUCCUGAUGGAGCGUUAUGACUAAGAUGACCAUCGUCACAGACAAAGAAACAAGUGAUAUCAUGCCUCAAAUUUUCCUUAAACGCUGUAUAAAAGGCUCAUGUAAAGUGGAUCAGCGUCAGUUCAUUCCCGACAUCCAGAAUGUAUUCCAAAGUGUUCGCUGUGCUCGCAGUAGUGGCGUCGGCUAGCGCCAACGACCUACACGAAGGUUACAAUGGCACCGCGAGCCACAAACCAAUCUUCCAAGGUCACUACGCAGGUGACUGGAAGACUGCUGUAAGGCCUGGGAUGGAUAUCUUCGUCAACACCAGCGGCCUUAUAACUGGGAUCAACGUCACUGAUCUCCGGGAAGGCAAGGACGGCGUGGCGAACAUUGCCAGCGGCGGAAUCGGACACGAGAACGUCACUAUUUCUCUCAAGAGCCCUAACAUUCUCAGAGGAUACGAUUUCCUGGUUGAAGUUUUUGCUGACGAAGAGACGUCCAAGACAAAUGAGAGGGGCAACCGUGACGUCCAAGAAUCUGUGAAUCCUGAACAGAAGCCGUCCCAAACUGUCUCUACUAGCACCACUGGCAAGCCUACAGACCAACAGCAACAGCAAGUAACUGGCAAGCCUACAAGUCAGCAGGAACACCAAGUAUCUUUCUCUACAACUGGCAAGCCAAGUGAUCAGCAACAGCAAGGAACUGUCCCUGCAGGCAAGCCUCCAGGCCAGCAGGAAGACCAAGUAACUGUCCCUACUACUGGCAGGCCCACAGGCCAGCAAAAACAGCAUCAGCAAGGAACUGUCCCUACUACAGGCAAGCCUAGCCAGCAGCAACAUCAAACUGGACACCCUAUUACUACAGCAGUGCCUGAGGAGGUUGAAAUUCCGGAGGAAGUUAAACAGCCGAAGAUUGGCUUCCAAAUUGAGGAACAAAAUUAA